GAAUUAUUUGGAUAUAAAGAUCUCCGUCAUUGGAUUAGGAAUCUCAAUUUGAAACAUUCACCAGUUCAUUAAGAUUUGUCUUUCUCUUUUAGCUUUGCAAGUUAAACUCUCACUCACUCUUACAUUCAAAAUGAAGGUUGCUAUCUUAUUCGCUUUAGUCGCUGUUGCCUCAGCUGCCGUCAUCAACCCUGCUGGUAUUGUUUCAACUGGAUCCUCAUCCGUCUCAAGAUCAGAAGAUGGUACCGGUAACUACCAAUUCUCAUACACCGAACAAGGACUCUCUGGUGGCUCCCAACGAUCUGAACAAGGUGAUGCUUUCGGUCGUAAAACUGGUUCAUACGCUUUAAGUGAUGCUGAUGGACGCCAACGAAUUGUCUCAUAUGUUGCUGAUGAAACUGGUUUCCGUGCUUCCAUCCAAACCAACGAGCCAGGAACUGCUCCAUUAGCUGGUGCUGAUACCGCAAUCUCUGCUCCAGACUCAACUGGAAUUGCUGCUGCUACCAACCAACGAACAGCUGAACAACUUACCGCACUUGCCAAUGCCCCACCUGCCGUCGAAGAGACUCCAGUUGCUGCUGCUCCAAUUGCUUUCGGUCCAGCACCAACUCGACUUGUUGCUGCCCAACCUGUCUACUCAGGUUUCCGACCUUUCACAGGUUAAUUUUUUUGACCACAAAAGAUCCCCAUUCCUUUUUCUCGCCCUCGAAUCUUCACUAAACUCUCUUUUGUUUCACCUCAAUCAUCAGUGUUGAAUACCUCAAUACUGUUGAUCCUGAUUGGAACACCAAUUUUUUGCGAACAAAUGAUUUUUUUUGUGUUACUAACAAAACUUUAUGGUCAAUCAUGAUCAACGAUCCUCAAUGCGCUAGUUUCUCUUCACAACAAAUGUUCUUUCAAUUUUCAAGACCAAUUAAAGCUAUUUAAAUCUUUUAAAAA